AAGUCGAUCCCCCAUUUCUCCAAAAAUAAAAGAAGUUCCUUGGGAGGACCAACGGUGUCGCGCGGUCAACUAGCUAUGCUCCAAUUCUUUUGAUAUAGUAAUAAGUAUAAUAAUAGUAAUGGACAAGGAGCCACAGCGCCAAGACGAGCUCCAGGCGCCGCUGCUUCCCGGCGACGGCGGGAAGGCCGCCGCCGCGGCCGGCAGCGCUUACGCGCUCGUCUGCUCCCUCGUCGCCUCCGCAAUCUCCAUCAUCUACGGUUACAAUCGAGGUGUGAUGAGCGGGGCGCAGAAGUUCGUGCAGGAGGAUCUGGGGAUCAGCGACGCGCAGAUCGAGGUGCUCAUCGGCGCCACCAGCAUCUACUCCCUCGUCGGCUCGCUGGCCGCGGGUUGGGCGUGCGACUGCGCCGGGCGCCGCCGCACUAUGGCGCUCUCCGCUGCCAUGUUCUUCGCCGGCUCGGCGAUCACCAGCGUGGCCGGAGGGUACGCGGCGCUGAUGGCGGGACAGCUCGUCGCCGGCGUCGCUUGUGGGUUCGGCCUCGUCGUUGCGCCCGUCUACAUCGCCGAGAUGGCGCCGGCGGCGUCCCGUGGAUUCCUCUCCUCCAUCCCCGAGAUCGCCGGCAACUCGGGGAUCCUGCUCAGCUACAUCGCCGACUUCGCCCUUGCCGGCUUUCCCAAGAACGUCAACUGGCGCCUAAUGAUCGGCGUCGGCGCCAUCCCGCCGCUAUUUCUCGCAGUCGCCACGCUCCUCGCCAUGCCGGAGACCCCGCGCUGGCUCGUACUUCACGGCCACCACGAGGAAGCCCGCCGUGUCCUCGCUCGCACCACGGGCGACCCGGCCCUCGCCGACCGCCGCCUCAAGGAGAUCGUUUCCUCCGCGCAGGAAAGCUCGAAGCAGGCCGUCGCCGGCGGCAGAGACGACAAGGCGCCGUCCACAAGCGUCUGGCGCGACAUGCUGAUCCGGCCGACGCGGUCCGUCCGUCGCGUGCUGCUCGCCAUCCUCGGCCUCCAGUUCUUCCAGCAGGCGUCCGGCGUGGCGGCACUCGUCCUGUACGCGCCGCGGGUGUUCAACCACGUCGGAAUAACCUCCCAGCGCGCGGUUCUCGGCGCCACGAUCCUCCUCGGCGUCGUCAAGACCGUGUCCAUAGUGAUCCCGCUUUUCCUGGCCGACCGGCUCGGCCGGCGUCCCAUGCUGCUCACCAGUGCGGGGGGCAUGGCCGUGUCUCUGCUCAUGCUAGGCCUGUCUCUUCGAGCGUCGCCUAUGGCAGACGCGGGCGCGAGCGCGAGCGCCGCGUGGUGGGCCGCUGCGACGAGCGUGACGGCCGCCGCAGCGUUCAUGGCGACCUUCUCGCUGGGGUUCGGGCCAGUAAUUUGGAUGUACGGGUCAGAGAUCCUGCCGCUCCGGCUGCGAGCGCAGGGUACUGGCAUCGGCACGGCGGUGAACCGGGUGAUGAGUGCCGUGGUGGGGUUGACGUUCAUAUCGCUGUACGAGGCUGUGGGCAUGGCCGGAAGCUUCUACAUCUUCGCGGGGUGCGCAGGAGCGUCAUGGGUUUUUGUCUACGUCUUCCUGCCGGAGACCAAGGGAAGGAGCCUCGAGGAGAUGGAGGCGCUCUUCGACGAUUCCGCCAAGUCGCCAUCGCUGACGGCGCAGUGAUCAAUGAUGUGCGAUGCCUGCUGGUAACUACGGUAGAAGGAAGUCCAUGUCUGUUGUAAUUCUUCCCGGUAAAGACCUGGCACUGUUGGCUCGAUCAAGCAGUUUGUGUUGAACUUAAAAUACUCCGAUCGAACAGUGUUGGCACUGUUGGCUCCUGGCCCAGACCGGUUUCACGGGUGCAUUCUUCAAGAGGUGCUGGGAGGUCAUCAAACAUGAUAUCAUGCGGGUUAUCCAACUGUUUAACUCUC